AUGAACGACCUUGAGGGGGGCAAGUGCUGUGCAGAUGAACACUUCUUUGCCAAGGUGCAGACCAUGCCGAACGCUUCCACAUCGCAAGUCUGGCUGGUACGUGAAGAUGGGCGCUACUUGCCCGCCCUGCAUCCAACCUCACGACAGUGGUUGUUCGAAGAGGUGACCUGGGUCUGUGGGAAGGAUCCCGUAAAAUACUGCAAGACGCCGAACGUGGACGAUGUAGACGAACUCAUGGGCAAGGUCGCUCCAGGAGUUUCUAUCCAUGCACUACCAGUGCCGUCGACUCCCGGCUGGUUACAGGAGGCAGGAUCGAAGAUGUACCUCCCCAUGAAUUGCACCACUACUGGUGCACCACAUUUCACCUCCCGCAGUGCUCCAGCAGCGGCGCCCGGACAAGUGGACAUGGGCGAGGGUAUCAAAGAGCUCGUCUCAAUCCGCUUCGGCUGGCGCCAAGCCCCGCUAGAGAAGCCUCCCAAAGCAGCCGGUGUUCCAGAAGACGCCAUUUGGGUCCAUGAGACAUAUCCAGGGCAAAUGACAGUUCCUGUAGGAUGUGCCGCUUGCCUGUGCUUCGGAGUUCCUGGAUGCAUCCUUUGCUACCUUGGAGUUGACGAGAGAGAUGUGUGGAUCAGCCCUGAUAAGAAAAGGUGGAAUCGGGACGGCACCAGGACGUCAUGA